AUGGAUAACAACAACAAAUUUACACGAGAAGACGUCAAGAACAAUAAACUGGCCUUUGUAGACUGUGCAACACCUCAGGUGACACCCCGGGCCUACCUGUUGGACCCUCACCCUCACGGGGACCCCUCGGCACCUCACAAUCUUCACCUUGAAUGCUUCAUUGCAGCCAGCAGCUGGAAAAUAUUUGAUCCAAGGAUUGCUGGCUGGUUGCUGGAACCUACAGACACUUCCCCCUGCUUCAAGACUUUGGUACUGAAACACUGUGGGGCAUCUUCAGCACUGGAAUUGGCUCCAUCCAACACUCACUGUACAGGAAACUCAAAGCUGCAGGAACUGUGUGUUGGCCUUCGCAUUCUUCACCGCCUCAUGAUGCACGUCUGUGCUAAAUUACAGAGUCAACACCUUUGGAAGCUGUUUUGCCUGGUGGAGAUGCGAUUGAUCCCAGUUCUGGCAGUGAUGGAAAAUUACAGAAUUCAAGUCAAUAAAGAAGACCUGAAGAGAACUUCUGAGCUGCUGGGGGUUCGGCAGAAGCAGCUGGAGCAGGAAGCACAUCUGGUGGCAGGAGAGAAGUUCCUUCUGACCAGCAGCAAUCAGCUUCGGCAGAUUCUGUACGACAAACUGCACCUACAUCUCCUUUGUGAAAAAAAGAUUCGGAAGACAGACCUAAAGCAGCAGCAGUCAACCUCUGAGGCAGUGCUGCUGCAGCUGCAGGAACUUCAUCCACUGCCUAAAAUAAUCCUGGAAUACAGACAGAUUCAUAAGAUUAAAUCAACAUACAUCGAUGGCCUUCUGUCCUGCAUGAGGAAGGGAGGACAGGGUUGUGUGUCCCCUACGUGGAAUCAGACUGGCACUGUCAGUGGGAGGCUGUCGGCCAAGCAUCCUAAUAUUCAAGCAAUUCCAAAGCAGCCAGUCCAAAUGACCAAACUACAGUAUAUCCGAGGAAGGGAGGCGGACAUGAUAUCGAUCUCACCGAGAAGCAUGUUUCUUUCAUCGGAUGGGUGGACAUUUUUAGCAGCAGACUUUUCCCACAUCGAACUGCGAAUCCUCGCACACCUCACCUCAGACUCAGAGCUGCUGAGGCUGUUCCAGGAACCAGAGCCACCUGACAUCUUUACCAGCCUUGCUUCUCAAUGGAGAGGGAUCCCCGUGGAUCAGGUGAAGAACACUGAGCGAGAACAAGCCAAGAGGAUUGUCUACGCACUGGUUUACGGGGCAGGUAAAGACCGCCUGUCUGAUUGUCUCGGUGUGUCUGUAAUUCAAGCUGGCCAGUUUAUCGAAAGCUUCCUGCAGAAGUAUAAGGAGGUUCGCACAUUUACUCAGAGAACCAUUCAGCAGUGUCACCAGCAAGGUCACGUUGUUUCGAUCAUGGGCCGUAAGAGGUCAUUCCCUCUCAUCAGUUCGCAGGAUUACUGUGCCAGGAAUCAAGCAGAGAGGCAGGCUGUUAACUUUGUAGUCCAAGGUUCUGCAGCCGACAUAUGUAAGAUGGCAAUGAUUAAGAUUUUCACCAGAGUUGCCGCAUCCUCCUCUCUUACUGCAAGGUUGGUGGCCCAGAUUCACGACGAGCUGCUGUUUGAGGUGGAAGAUUCUCAGAUUCAACAAGUGGCAGAGCUUGUAAAAGGCAGCAUGGAAUCUCUGCAGUCUGUGGAGGCUCUUGGGGUCUAUUUGAAGGUCCCUUUAAAAGUGUCUCUCAGCGCAGGGAAGUCGUGGGGUUCAAUGAAAGAGCUGUGAGGUGUGGAGUGUUGCCAUAUGCCAACCUGUUUUGCGAAGCGUUGAUAAGCACCAGUUGUCGUGUUUUGGUUCCUCCCACUGCUGCCUCGCGAGUAACUUUCCUCUCUCUAUUUGGGAUGCUUGGGGGGCC